AUGGAUCAGCAAUCGGCGCCGCCUCAACCUCCGCCGCCCAGCGGCUGCUUCUCCCCAUGCAGGUUCAUAAAGCAGGUCCUCGUGGGACGGUGGUUCAUGAUGUUCGCCUCCUUCCUGAUCAUGGCCGGCGCCGGGGCUACCUACCUGUUCGGCGUCUACUCGAAGGUGAUAAAGUCCACCCUCGGCUACGAUCAGUCGACCCUCAAUCUCCUCGGCUCGUUCAAGGAUUUAGGCGCAAACGUCGGAGUUCUAUCUGGGCUGAUGGCCGAGGUUACCCCGACAUGGUUCGUCCUCCUGGUUGGCUCUGCCAUGAACUUCGCUGGCUACUUCAUGAUAUGGCUCGCCGUCACCAAGAAAAUAUCGAAACCCUCUGUUUGGCAGAUGUGUAUAUACAUCUGCAUGGGCGCGAAUUCUCAGAAUUUCGCCAACACGGGCUCGCUCGUUACGUGCGUGAAGAACUUCCCGGAGAGUCGAGGUAUGUUGAUAGGGUUGAUGAAGGGUUUUAUAGGGCUGAGUGGGGCGGUUUUCACGCAGCUUUACUUGGCAAUUUACGGGAAUGAUGCGGAGUCUUUGAUCCUUCUCAUCGGAUGGCUUCCGGCAGUCAUUUCUAUAUUGUUCGUGUUUAACAUCAAAACCAUGAAAAUUUCUAGGCAUCCCAACGAGGUUAAGGUUUUCUAUGAGUAUCUGAUCAUCUCUGUGGGCUUGGCUUUGUGCUUGAUGGGAUUGACAAUUGCACAAAAGUAUGUCGAUUUCUCUCAUGUUGGUCACAUUGUAAGUGCUACUGCUGUUUGUUUCCUACUUUUCUUGCCAUGUCUCAUAGCUUUCCGGGAAGAAUUCACCACUUUGAGGUUGAAAGAGCAAGCUGCUAGGGCUGGUCGUUCUAGGGUGGUUGUUGUUGAAGAGGAGCCCCCAUUGGUAAGUUCCAAACCGGAGCCGGAGAUUGUGGAGGUGACCGGUGGACUAAAAGGCGAAGAUCAUGGAAAGAAAGACGCAUGUUGCUGCACGAAUAUAUGCAACAAACCAAAGAGGGGUGAAGAUUACUCUAUACUACAAGCCCUUUUGAGCAUCGACAUGCUAAUCUUGUUCGUGGCGACGUUCUGUGGGCUGGGUUGUAGUCUGACGGCCGUGGACAACCUAGGCCAGAUCGGCGAAUCUUUAGGGUAUCCACAACGCACGAUUAGCACAUUCGUGUCUCUCGUGAGCAUAUGGAACUAUUUCGGUAGGGUUUUCUCAGGAUUCGUCUCUGAGAAGCUUUUACUAAAGUGGAAAAUCCCAAGAACCCUUAUGAUGACGUUUGCCCUCUUACUACCUAGCAUCGGUGACCUACUCAUCGCAAUCCCUUUCCCUGGUUCGGUCUACAUUGCAUCGUUGCUAAUAGGGUUUUCAUACGGUGUCCAAUUAACCCUACUCUUCAUCAUCAUAUCGGAACUCUUCGGAUUGAAGUACUACUCCACCCUCUUCAACUGCGGUCAAUUGGCGAGCCCUCUUGGAUCCUACAUACUCAACGUGAGAAUCGUGGGGAAAUUGUACGAUAGAGAGGCGUUGAAGCAGCUUAGUCGCAGAGGCAUGACCCGAUCCAUGGUGCGUGAGUUGACGUGCAUCGGCAAGGACUGUUACCGGAGAUCGUUCUUGAUAUUGGCCGGAGUUAACUUGUUUGGAGCCCUUGUUUCAUUGAUAUUGGUGGUGAGGACUAGGCAAUACUACAAGACCGAUAUCUACAAGAGGUUUAGGGAUGAAAUGGAAGCUAACGAGAAGGAGAUGAUGAUGAUGAAAACCAUUGAUUGUGAUUCUGAUAAAAAACAGUCGUCAUAG